CCUGUAUUCUGUUUUUGUUGGGCUCUCUUCCUCUUCCAUCCAAUCUGCAAGAGCGCGCUGUCCGUUAGCUACAAACGGCCCUUAAAUCGCGAUAUCAAUUACCAAAAAAUCGCGUUCAACAAAGUGCAGCUUAUCAAGCUGAUAAUGGCGAAUAAAAUGACAUCAAACACUCAAACGCGGGCUUCAGUGCUUAAAUCAGUGAAUAUUAGUGCAACUCCAAUGUCUCAAAUAUUUAGUGGUCCCAAUAAAAUGGCUACAUGCGAAAGAGUGGUACCACUAAACAUUAGACGAAAACGGCGAAAAGACAGACAUCGAUAAACGAGUGUAGCAAAACGCAACACUGAAAAAUGUUUGUAAACAGCUGCGAAACUCCGCCAAGCCGCCAGGGGGCGUGCCAGCUUCGAGUAGGCAUUGCCAGAAACGUUCAAUUGUAAUGCUGCCCUGUGCAACGCCAUAUUUGAUUCGGCUGCUUGCAUUAUAAUACAAGAAAUUAAAAAAUUUUCAAAGGAAAACGCUGCGCAAGGCUUGCCAAUCACUUGUCCCACUUGUGUGUGAAAACGUUUUGUGAAAAUGAUUUAACACAGAUUAAGUGAUUCGCGGUCCUAGAAUCACCAGUGGAUUCCAGCAAGGCAAAACGGACGUAUUCUCAUCAACGCAGCAGAAGGUGUGUGUUUGUGUUUGCUUGUGUAUGUGUGUGAAACGCAUGAAAAUGGUCUGAAGAAAUGUCCCAGAAAUUGUAUAAUAAACGUGGAAUAAACGUUCCGCUUGCUAACUGAUCUAUGCGGUCUAUUAUCCUGCACCAUUGAUGUGGGGAAAAAGAGUUUUUUUUUGUGUGCGCUUGCCAUGUGUUUGUGUGUGUGUGGAAGGCCAUCUUGUAGAUGAGACCAUCAUUAUAAAAUUGUGUCUACUCUCCGCUCUUUGUACUCUCUCGCAGUACACCACCACAGACCCCACACAAAAUGGAGCAGUAUCUAGUGCCGAUAGAGGAGCCCGUCUACUCGGAUUUGCAGGUGGUGCAAGUGCCCCAAGAGGAGGUUGGGUCUCUGGUGCUCCAGGAUGACCAGCAAUUGGUGUUCAACGACCAGCAGCAGGUGGUGUAUCAAACCACGGCGCCGGCCCAAUACCAGCAGCCCCAACAGGCCACAGCUCCGGCCCACUAUAUCAUCGGCGGGGACGAUCUCGCGGUGCAGCAGCAGCAACAACAGCAGCAGCACCAGCAGCAGCAAGUCGUGAUGCACCAUCAGCAGCACCAAGUGCAGCAAGUGCAUUACCAACAGCAGGAUGCACAACAGCAACAGCAACAGAUCCAUUUGGAGCAGCAACAGCCGCAGCAAUAUGUGCAACAUCAGCAGCAACAGCCCGCCAUUCAGCACACCCAGCAGAUAUAUUACACCUCCGAGCAGGUCCUACAGCCCAAUACUAUUGUGCAGCAUGCAUCCAUGCAGCAAUUGCAACAGCAACAGAAGAAACAGCAACAGCAGGUCCUCCAGCAACAGCAGCAGCAGUACCACGCACCCACCUACCAACAGCAAACGGCACAAUUGGUACAGACGAGUCCCCAGCAGCAGCAACAACUGCUGCAGAGUCCCCAGCAGCAGCAGCAUCAGCAGACUCAACAGCAGGCCCAGACCUUGCAUCUACAGACAUCGCCCGCUCAGCAGCAGCAACAACAGCAGCCGCAGGUCGUCUACCGCAUGACCACCACACAGCAGCAGCAACGGCCGCUUACGAACAAUAUGCAUGUGAUUGUCCAGCAGCAGCCGGUGCUUAUCCAGGCGCAACAGCACCAGGAGCUCAUCAUGCGCCAGGCCACGGCCAUUCAUCCGUACAACAAUCGCGUGGUUUAUGCCACAUCUCCACAACAGCAGCAUGUCCUCCAGCAGCACGUGCAACAGCAGCAGCAGCAACAACAGCAGCAGCAGCAGCAACAAAUGCAGCUGCAGGCCACAGCACAGACGGCACACCUCGUCCAGACGCGUGUGGUGCCACAGCAGACACAAAACGUGGUCUACCAGCAGUUGCAAGUGCAGAAGGUGCCCCAGCAGCAACAGACGCAACAGCAGCAGCAGGUGGUGCACACACAGCAGCCACAACUGGUGGCCACAGCUCCCGGAGGAGGAACCCUCGUGCGAGCCGCAUUUCGCGGCAAGUCCGCAAGGGGAGGAACUGUUGUCGCGCGAACAAUGAUUGCCACAAGCGGAGGGGUACGACCCACGCUCAGUCCCACAAUUGUGCGUCACGUGCGUCCCAGAGGAGCCGCAGGCACAGUCCAAGGCGGGAUUGUAAGGAAUAUGCGUCCGGCGGGAGUUCGUCCAACGCGAGCCCAGCUAGUGGUGCAAACUAGCUCCCCGGAGGGCAGCCAGACAAUGCAGAUCGUGACCCAGACACAGAUGACGAAGCAUAUAACCAUUAGCGCGAAUCUCGGCCAGCCGACGAUCCCAGGGCAGCAGGUCUCGCAGCGGCCAUUGUAUCCGCAGCAGCAUCCACAGCAGCAUCAGCAGCAGCACCAACAGAUGCUGAUGAUGCGACAGUCGUCGGUGCGAUAUCGGGCGCCCGUCUCCCUCACCUCGGCUGUGUCGGCGCCCGUCCCCACCGCUGUGACAGCCACACCGGCUGCAGCAACCACAACCAGCAUGGGGAUAGAUAUGGAGGAGCGUAUCCAAGCGGCUGUCUUGAAGAAGGAGCAGCAGAAGCCGCCCCCUAAUCAGAUGCCCAUACAGCUGGCGCAGGGCACUAGCCUGACGACCUACUAUCCAGGCAACACCGCUCCACAGGCCACCACGGAAGAGGAGCAGCAGCAGCAGCAGCAGCAGCAACAGCAACAGUUGCAACAACAGCAGCAGCAGCAGCAUCAACAACAACAACAGCAACAGCAUUUGCAACAGCAACAAAUGCAACAGCAGCAGCAGCAGGUCCAGGCGGUGCGCACUGCGAGUGGAGCCAGCAUGUCGCUGGCGGAGUUCAAGAAGCGCCAGACGAUGACAGUAUCGCCGGCACCCACAUCCGUGCCGACUAGUGGAGGCCUGACGCCCUUGAGACCCGUGACACCGGGAACUAUGGUGCGUGCCGCACCGAAACUGUUGGCCACACAGCCGCCCACUGGAGGAGUUGUGCCGAUAGGGACACGCAUUAUGCAGCCGCAAAGAGCCAUAGCGCCCCCUCUACAGGCGGCGUCAGCAGCCGCACCGGCACCCCCACCGCCGGCAGCAGCAGCAAUAGCACCACCCUCUGCCUCCGUGGUGGACCCCGGCGAUUCGCAAUCAUCCUCGCAGUCGGGAUCAUCCGUGCAGCAGACGUCGCACAACAACUACGAGAUUCACUCGCAGCAUGUGCUCAACAAUCGAGCGGGUCAGGCGAUACCCGAGAGGGAUCGGAACAGUGCCAAGAUGCUGGUGAUACUCGCAUCGGGAGAACAGCGACUGAUCACCUUCACCCUGCCCCGGGAGUCGUGCACUGUGCAGGAUCUGCUGGAGCAGGUCUCUGUGCCGUUUGACAACACUACAACAAUCCAGUGUGUCGAGCAUCGAGGUGCCAAUGUGGAUUUUGUAGUUACUGUUGGCUUUUCUGUCAACGAAUCUGCCAGUGAACUGAUAUCCAGAGCAGAGGAAAGUCUACAAAUGAAUCGACAGCAGGAAAGUGCUGCCGCCAGUGGGGCACAAUCGCAGCCUGCGCCCACAUCUACGACACCGUCGCCGGCGUACACGCAGGCCAAUGCAGCGGCGGAGCAGGCCAAGAGAGAGGCGGCCAGUGCAGCGGCACCGAACGGUGGAACAACCAACGGCACAGCCGCGGGAGCAGGUGUCGCGUCGGUGGCCAAUGAAGGACGAAAGCUGAUCGACGGCUACUAUGCGGUGUGCAAACAGUGCGGCUUCACGGGCAUGGACCAUGCCAAAUGCGAGCGCUGCAAGCGCGUCUUCCUGGAGCCCCCCAAGCGCCAGUCAUACCUCACCAAGUCGAAUGCCACAUCCUCGCCGGCAUCAUCCACCUCCAUCGAGCCAGCCACGCCCACGGAGAAGCGCGAGCUGGCAGCAGCCGCACGUUACGGCAAACAGCUGAGUGGUGUGACCUUUCCAUCGGGAGCCAGAGGCCGCGGUGGCCUGGCUGCUAUGCGGGGACGAGCCCGUGGAGGCAGGCGAGCGCCAGAGGCGGAUCCUGUGGUGCUGCUGAGCAGCGAGGAUGAGGCGGACGGCGAUGAUACCACAGUCGAUGGCGGUGCUAGUCAGCCAUCCCAACACUCGAGCAACUACAACAAUUUAUUGAAUGGAAAAGCCCCUCUGGCCGCCGUGGCCUUUGCCUGCGAGACCAUGCUGCCCGAGGUAGACGAAGAACCGCUGUACAGAGAUUUUGUGCGCGGCGAUGUCAUGGACUUGUCGGAUGUACCAAAAAGUGAACAAUUCUCAACAGCGAUCACCUGCAGCUGUGUGCGUCUGAUCCCCUAUCGUUUCGAAACAAUUGAGCCGGUCACCUUCACCUCGAAGGGCAUUCGAAUAAAUGGCAUAUUGAAGGACAUGGACGAGAAGUUCACCCUAAACAUUUACAAGCAUGAGGUGAUCAAAGUCAUUGCACAUUUCGGUAGCUCUGACCAGCCCCAGACCCUGCUAACGCUCUAUUUGCUCAAGACAUGCGCACUGUACGUGAAAACGCAGCUCUGUCUGCCCGAUGAUCAACCAAGCGAACAGACUGGCUUCAAAUCGCAAACCUCUUUCCACACACGACGGCUCGUUUUGCUGUUCGAUAGCAUACCCGCCGCCACGCGAGAGACCAUCAAGACGAUGUUCAGCUGCGUGGACGAGAUCUCAGCCAUAGAUGCGGCUGAUAUAUUCGAUCGCAUUGCCGACUCCGAUCGCAAGGCAACAAGAACACAGCCGUCGGUGCGGCAGCUGCGUGCCGAUGAGCAGAUGAAUCUUCUCAUGUAUCCGCCCAAAGGAACGGGCAGUCUUUCCGUCAGCAUGGAGGACUUUGUGUGCCUGAGGAAAGAGUCCUACGUAAACGACAUAAUUAUUGACUUUUACCUGUUGUGGCUCCGAAACACACUGAUACCGGAGGCAACACGCGAACGUACGCACAUAUUUAGUACGUUCUUUUAUAAGCGACUGACGACGCUGACACGUCCCACCGACAUGCGGCAGACAGCGGCCCAGAAGCGGCAUGCCAGGGUCCAAAAGUGGACCAAAGUGGUGGACAUAUUCGACAAGGACUUUAUAAUUGUGCCGAUCAACGAGCAGUCGCAUUGGUUCCUCGCCAUCAUCUGUUUCCCGAACCUCAAGGGACCCGUCACCUACGACACCAAUCAGCCCGUGGAGCCGCAGCACCUGAAGCGUGCGCGCGGCAAGAAGGUUUCUAUGCAGAUAGGCAACACCACCAUCACACCGCUGACGAAGAGGGGCGAGGGUGGAGCCCUGCCAGCGGCACUCAACUCGGAAAUUUGCCGCCUAGGCGACGACGGGGAGAGUGAGCGAGACGAGGCCGAAGGCGAUGACAGCGACAUGGCCUCCGAGGACAGUUACAACUCGAAUUCUGCAAAGGAACCAACUGCCACCGGAAAGGAACAAGCGGCAGCCACACCCACAUCCACAUCCACACCCACGCCACAGGUUAGCAGCGGCCCAGCAAGGAGCAGCGGUGCGGAAGAGGUGCCGGCGGUAAAGCAGCCCCUGAUCCUCAUCUUUGACUCGUUGGCCGGGGCAUCGCGCAGUCGCGUGGUGGCCACGCUGCGGGAUUACCUCACCUGCGAAUACAGAGUAAAGAAGCCGGAUGCGCAGGCGCACGUCUUCAACAAGGAUAACAUGCCCGGACACUGCGUCAAAGUGCCGCAGCAGAACAACUUCACCGACUGCGGCCUCUACCUGCUGCAGUACGUGGAGCAGUUCUUUGCUGAACCCAUCAGAGACUACAGACUGCCCAUCAAGCAGCUGACGAACUGGUUCGACUUCAUCACCGUCACCAAGAAGCGCGAGGACAUUUCCAAUCUCAUCCAGAAGCUGAUGGACGAGACCAACACCCAGCAGCGCCUGAUCCUGCCGGUCAUAGAGUUUCCCACCCUCAAUGGGCAGCUGGUGGAGUAUCCCGAGGAGGCUGAGAGUGCAGAGUUUGAGGAGGAGGAGGGUCACGAGGACGAUGAGCUCAAUAGCGAAAGUUAUGAGGAAAACAAUGCUGUCGCUGAAAUGGAAGUGGAUCCCGUGGGCGAUGAUCUGCCUGUGGCCAAAACCCCAACAGCAGUGGUCGUUAGCACCACCGCAACGACCGUGAACAGUGGAGCGGCGACGGUGACUUCGAAGACCAAGCGGUUCGUGCUGAAGCGUUCGCUGCAGAACGGCCUGGGGACCACUAUGACGAGCAAUGGGUCUGUAAUGCUGCCACAGCUGGUGAGCACAACGACGGCGAGCGGCGCGCUUGGCGGGGCAGGGACACAUCUGGGGCAACGUGCCAAUAGCGGCAGCCUCAAGAUACGCAAGAUCGAGCCUUAGCAUCGGGAGGACGUAGAACAACGCAUCGACAUGCCGCCCGCCCCCCCGCGCAUGCUGCGGCUGAUGUUGCCACAUCCACAUCUGCAGCAGCAGCACCACCAUCACCACCUGUAAAUACAUUUUAACAUCGUAAAACUAUUGUAAUUCUCUUCAUUUUUACCAGCAUAAUUUUUUUUUACACCAACAUUACAGUCGCCACUGAGUGAAAGUAAAAUUUCAUAAAUCGUUAAAUAAAUAAAAAUUCGUAUGUAUAAAAUACACCCAGAAACA